AUGGCGGCCCAACUUCACGAGAGGAUCCAGUCAUCUAGUAUGGAUGCCAAGCUGGAGGCCCUGAAGGACCUGGCCAACUCUUCCAGAGACAUCACCUUCGCCCAGGAGUUUAUCAACCUGGAUGGCAUCUCACUGCUCACACAGAUGGUGGAGAGCGGCACAGAGUACGUACUCUUUCUCUCCUCCCAUCUUCUCUACUCUCCUACAUUGUCUUCUCCUGUCCUCCUUUCUCCACCUCUUACUUCUCUACUCUGAUCACCUCUUACUUCUCUACUCUGAUCUGAUCACCUCUUACUUCUCUUACAUUUACAUUUACAUCAUUUAGCAGACGCUCUUAUCCAGAGCGACAUACAAAUUGGUGCAUUCAACUUAUGAUAGCCAGUGGGACAACCACUUUUUAUUUAUUUAUUUUUAUUGGGGGGUGGGGGAGGGGUAGAAGGAUUACUUUACACUACAGGUAGGGUUUUAAGUGUCUCCGGAAGGAGGUCAGUGACUCCCGCUGUCCUGGCGUCGUGGGGGAGCUUGUUCCACCAUUGGGGUGCCAGAGCAGCAAAUAGCGUUGACUGGGCUGAGCGGGAACUGGGCUUCCGUAGAGGUAGGGGAGCUAGCAGGCCAGAGGUGGAUGAACGUAGUGCCCUCGUUUGGGUGUAGGGUCUGAUCAGAGCCUGAAGGUAAAGAGGUGCCGUUCCCCUCACAGCUCCGUAGGCAAGCACCAUGGUCUUGUAGUAGAUGCGAGCCUCAACUGGAAGCCAGUGGAGUGUGCGGAGGAGGGGGGUGACAUGAGAGAACUUGGGAAGGUCGAACACCAGACGGGCUGCAGCGUUCUGGAUAAAUUGUAGGGGUUUAAUGGCACAGGCAGGGAGCCCAGCCAACAGCGAGUUGCAGUAAUCCAGACGGGAGAUGACAAGUGCCUGGAUUAGGACCUGUGCCGCUUUCUGUGUAAGGUAGGGUCGUACUCUGCGAAUGUUGUAGUGCAUGAACCUGCAGGAUCGGGUCACUGCUUUGAUGUUAGCGGAGAACGACAGGGUGUUGUCCAAGUUCACGCCAAGGUUCUUUGCACUCUGGGAGGAGGACACAAUGUAGUUGUCAACCGUGAUGGCGAGAUCACGGAGUGGGCAGUCCUUCCCCGGGAGGAAGAGCAGCUCCGUCUUGCCGAGGUUCAGCUUGAGGUGGUGAUCCGACAUCCACACUGAUAUGUCUGCCAGACAUGCAGAGAUGCGAUUCGCCACCUGGUUAUCAGAAGGGGGAAAGGAGAAAAUGAAUUGUGUGUCGUCUGCGUAGCAAUGAUAGGAGAGACCAUGUGAGGAUAUGACAGAGCCAAGUGACUUGGUGUAUAGAGAGAAUAGGAGAGGGCCUAGAACUGAGCCCUGGGGGACACCAGUGGUGAGAGCACGUGGUGCGGAGACAGAUUCUCGCCACGCCACUUUGUAGGAGCGACCUGUCAGGUAGGACGCAAUCCAAGAGUGAGCAGCGCCAGAGAUGCCCAACUCGGAGAGGGUGGAGAGGAGGAUCACAGUAUCAAAGGCAGCGGAUAGGUCUAGAAGGAUAAGAGCAGAGGAGAGAGAGUUAGCUUUAGCAGUGCGGAGAGCCUCCAUGACACCGAGAAGAGCAGUCUCAGUUGAAUGACCAGUUUUGAAACCUGACUGGUUUGGAUCAAGAAGGUCAUUCUGAGAGAGAUAGCAGGAGAGUUGGCUAGAGACGGCACGCUCAAGAGUUUUGGAGAGAAAAGAAAGAAGGGAUACUGGUCUGUAGUUGUUGACAUCGGAGGGAUCGAGUGUAGGUUUUUUGAGGACGGGUGCAACUCUCGCUCUUUCUUGAAGACGGAGGGGACAUGGCCAGCGGUGAGUUGAUGAGCGAGGUGAGGUAAGGGAGAAGGUCUCCGGAAAUGGUCUGGAGAAGAGAGUAGGGGAUAGGGUCAAGCGGGCAGGUUGUUGGGCGGCCGGCCGUCACAAGUCGCAAGAUUUCAUCUGGAGAGAGAGGGGAGAAAGAAGUCAAAGCAUAGGGUAGGGCAGUGUGAGCAGGACCAGCAGUGUCAUUUGACUUAAUAAAUGAGGAUCGGAUGUCGUCAGCCUUCUUUUCAAAAUGGUUGACGAAGUCAUCCACAAAGAGGGAGAAGGGAGGGGGAGGAGGAGGAGGAUUCAGCAGGGAGGAGAAGGUGGCAAAGAGCUUCCUAAGGUUAGAGGCAGAGGCUUGAAAUGUAGAGUGGUAGAAAGUGGCUUUAGCAGCGGAAACAGAGGAAGAGAAUGUAGAGAGGAGGGACUGAAAAGAUGACCGGUCCGCAGGGAGUCUAGAUUUCCUCCAUUUCCGCUCAGCUGCCCGGAGCCCUGUUCUGUGAGCUCGCAAUGAGUCGUCAAGCCACGGAGCAGGAGGGGAGGACCGAGCCGGCCGGGAGGAUAGGGGACAUAGAGAGUCAAAAGAUGCAGAAAGGGAGGAGAGGAGGGUUGAGGAGGCAGAAUCAGGAGAUCAGAGGGAGAAGGAUUUAGCAGAGGGAAGAGAUGAUAGGAUGGAAGAGGAGAGAGUAGCGGGAGAGCAAGAGCAAAGGUUGUGACGGCACAUUACCAUCUGAGUAGGGGCAGAGUGAGUAGUGUUGGAGGAGAGCGAGAGAGAAAAGGAUACAAAGUAGUGGUCGAAGACUUGGAGGGGAGUUGCAGUGAGAUUAGUAGAAGAACAGCAUCUAGUAAAGAUGAGGUCAAGCGUAUUGCCUGCCUUGUGAGUAGGGGGGGACGGUGAGAGGGUGAGGUCAAAAGAGGAAAGGAGUGGAAAGAAGGAGGCAGAGAGAAAUGAGUCAAAGGCAGACGUAGGGAGGUUAAAGUCACCCAGAACUGUGAGGGGUGAGCCAUCCUCAGGAAAGGAACUUGUCAAGCUCUUCUCUGAUCACCUCUUACUGCUCUACUCUGAUCACCUCUUACUCUUAGUAUACUCUUCUGUAAAUUACAGUUUGCUGACUUGCCCCAAGUAAAAGCCAUCGAGUCACAUAUUCUCGUCUCCUAUCUGCCUUUCUAAUGUAGAGUCUAUGAAGUGGAUGGGCUCUGAGGUGCUCUGUGGAGCAUUUAGUACCACGGGGUGACGUGGUCUGUACCAGUGCACCACCUGUGCAGCACCUGAAUAUAUUUGACCCCAUUGACUAACUGAUAAACUAUCGUAAUACAAAGAAUCUUGUGUCCACAUGUCGCAUGAUACUGAUACUAUCAUAGUGCCAACUUUGCUUUCUCUGAGAGCUGCACACAGCUUUAGACAAGGCACUUUUACUGAUGAACAGCUGCAAUGUUUCUCUGAGCUUUACACUUUCAGACACUCUGGCUUACAACAACCGAUCAUCAGCUCCAAAUCAUCCAGACAGAUCCGGUCCUGACCCAGCAGUGUUCUCUUUUUUGUGAACAAUUGUUUAUAUUGAGUCAAUGAGAAUCACAAUGCAUUUAUUUUUUUACAAUUCUACCCUCCCACCCCAUCCCAACCAAACCCCUGGUGGCCCCACCCCAUCCCCAAGCAGUGGUCUCUCUCUGACUGUCUCUGCCUGUCUCGCUGGGCUUUGGGCCUGGUAGGCUGGCUAUGUCCCAAAUGGCACCCUAUUCCCUAGUGCUCUACUUUUGACCAGGGCCCAUCCGGCUCAGGGCAAAGUACUGCACUAUGUAGGGAAUAGGGUGUCAUUUGGGAAAUAGACGCUCUCUCUGUCUCAGCUGAAGGUUACGGCGAGGACAGGCAGUGGCGUUUUGCUGAGUUGGCGUUUCUCAGCCGUGAUGUUGACUGGAACCCCAUGGGGGGCAGGAGGUGAGGCAGGGGUGAGAGAGAGGGAGGAGGGGAGGGCGGCAGCGUUGAGAGGCAGGAAGGGAGAGGGGAGCCAGGGUCAUGCUGUGUGAGUGUAGAUCGAUUACGGAGUCAAAACGCACAUAGGAGACUCGCUCACAGUGGAGGCAAGAUGCACAUAUUUGCGUGUACACACACACACACACACACAGACACACCCUAUCUUUCUCACACAAUUACACCCCCCAUUCAAUCGCACAGUCAGCAGUCUCCAGUCACCCAGAGCUGUUUGCACUGUACUGUAAUGAACGGCCCUGAAUCCAAAACGAAUGCUUGUCAUUCCCAGCAGCCUCUCAUGGAAGGCUAGCCCGAGGGCUCUGGACACAGCGUUUACAGGGCAUCAGCCGUCUGAAACACACACUCACUCACACACACUCACACACACACACACACACACACACACACACACACACACAUACACACUGUUCUGCUGCAUGGCCUCCUCAUUAUGCUUCCCCCAGACCAGAGAGACUUCCUAGUUAGCUGCACCAUGCAAGGUCAGCCCUGAUGGACCACACUCGCUCUCUGCCACUUGGAAUUACUGUUAGUGUAUCUGUCCUCUACAGUAGGAACUAGUACCUUCCAUUCUGUUAGUGUAUCUGUCCUCUACAGUAGGAACUAGUACCUUCCAUUCUGUUAGUGUAUCUGUCCUCUACAGUAGGAACUAGUACCUUCCAUUCUGUUAGUGUAUCUGUCCUCUACAGUAGGAACUAGUACCUUCCAUUCUGUUAGUGUAUCUGUCCUCUACAGUAGGAACUAGUACCUUCCAUUCUGUUAGUGUAUCUGUCCUCUACAGUAGGAACUAGUACCUUCCAUUCUGUUAGUGUAUCUGUCCUCUACAGUAGGAACUAGUACCUUCCAUUCUGUUAGUGUAUCUGUCCUCUACAGUAGGAACUAGUACCUUCCAUUCUGUUAGUGUAUCUGUCCUCUACAGUAGGAACUAGUACCUUCCAUUCUGUUAGUGUAUCUGUCCUCUACAGUAGGAACUAGUACCUUCCAUUCUGUUAGUGUAUCUGUCCUCUACAGUAGGAACUAGUACCUUCCAUUCUGUUAGUAUAUCUGUCCUCUACAGUAGGAACUAGUACCUUCCAUUCUGUUAGUGUAUCUGUCCUCUACAAUAGGACCUAGUACCUUCCAUUCUGUUAGUGUAUCUGUCCUCUACAGUAGGAACUAGUACCUUCCAUUCUGUUAGUGUAUCUGUCCUCUACAGUAGGAACUAGUACCUUCCAUUCUGUUAGUGUAGCUGUCCUCUACAGUAGGAACUAGUACCUUCCAUUCUGUUAGUGUAUCUGUCCUCUACAGUAGGAACUAGUACCUUCCAUUCUGUUAGUAUAUCUGUCCUCUACAGUAGGAACUAGUACCUUCCAUUCUGUUAGUGUAUCUGUCCUCUACAAUAGGACCUAGUACCUUCCAUUCUGUUAGUGUAUCUGUCCUCUACAGUAGGAACUAGUACCUUCCAUUCUGUUAGUGUAUCUGUCCUCUACAGUAGGAACUAGUACCUUCCAUUCUGUUAGUGUAGCUGUCCUCUACAGUAGGAACUAGUACCUUCCAUUCUGUUAGUAUAUCUGUCCUCUACAGUAGGAACUAGUACCUUCCAUUCUGUUAGUGUAUCUGUCCUCUACAAUAGGACCUAGUAGAGUAUCAUCCAUUAUUGUACAGGGGAGGUGAAGGCCCACCCUAGUUACAUUCAGUAUGCGUGUCCCAAGUGAUCUGUAUUUACAUGUUAUUAAUGCAUAUUCAUUCCCUAUUAAUCAUGUUCCCUCCUCCUCUGUCCUCCUAUAAGCAGUGCUGCCCACUUAAUUCCCCAAUGAUGCAUCCUGCCACCUCAGGCAUCUUUCUUUAAAUAUGUUUUUAUGUAGAUUACUCAUGCGUCAACAGUCCUUAGCCCUAGAGUUUGAAAGUGCAGGCGUGUGUGUCUGUGUUUAUAACUCUACAAUCCUCAUCUACAUUCCUGCCGACGGACUAGCGUUAUAUGAUAAUUCACAGGCUUAGGAAAAAGAGACACCAGGGAGCAGUACUUUCUAAUAUCCCAGUCUGGAGAUUACUUUAUGCUGUUUUAAUGUGGGCUGCUGUAUCAGGAAAUUUAAGAAGUUUAGCACACCCUAUUGGUUUAGUAACAUAACAUACAGGUUCCAGAACUGCUGAGAAUUUACAGUGCAACGUCAACUGGCAAACAUUUUGGAUCCCUGGGGAAUGAUGUUAAUUUUGUGACCGACUUAAUGUUCUGUCACAAAACAAGACGGUAUUAAGAUCUAGCUUGAGAUUUACUGAGUUUGCCUGAUCCAAGUUUGUCUCAAAAUAGAUUUCCGUCUUGUUAAAUCUUGUUGUGAAAUGAAAUAUUGGCAAUUAUUGUCCGUCUGUCAUCUCCUCAAGCAAAGCCUGUAAUGUAGAGCUGUCUGUCUCUCUGCCAGGGUAAGGUUCCAGCUGCUUCCUAAACAGUACUUCUGAUUUUGCAUGCUUUGUGCUCACAGUCUGUCAUCAAUUGGCUCCUAACCAAUUGUGAUUUGAUCGGAGUGUGUUUAUUUGGUCAAAUAUCCUCAUCUUCAUACAUUCCCCUGUGUUAAUCAGAGCAUAAUAGUAAUCAAAUCAAAUUGUAUUUGUCACAUACACGUGUUUAGCAGAUGUUAUAGCGGUGUAGUGAAAUGCUUGUGCUUCUAGCUCCGACAGUGCAGUAAUAUCUAACAAGUAAUAUCUAACAAUUUCACAACAUAUACCCAAUACACACAAAACUAGUAUGGAAUGGAAUUUAAGAAUAUAUACAUAUAUGGACAAGCAAUGACAGAGCGGCAUGGACUAAGAUACAGUAGAAUAUUAUAGAAUAGAAUGCAGUAUAUACAUAUGAGAUGAGUAGUGCAAGAUAUGUAAACAUUAUUAAAGUGACUAGUGUUCCAUUUCUUAAAGUGGCCAGUGAUUUCAAUAGGCAGCAGCAGCCUCUAAUGUGCUAGUGAUGGCUAUUGAACAAUCUGAUGGCCUUGAGAUAGAAGCUGUUUUUCAUUCUCUCGGUCCCAGCUUUGAUGCACCUGUACUGACCUCGCCUUCUGGAUGAUAGCGGGUUGAACAGGCAGUGGCUCGGGUGGUUGAUGUCCUUAAUUAUCUUUUUGGCCUUCCUGUGACAUCGGGUGCUGUAUGUUUCUUGGAGGACGGGUAGUUUGCCCCCGGUAAUGCGUUCGGCAGACCGCACCACCCUCUGGAGAGCCCUGCGGUUGCGGGCGGUGCAGUUGCCGUACCAGGCGGUGAUACAGCCCAACAGGAUGCUCUCAAUUGUGCAUCUGUAGAAGUUUGUGAGGGUUUUAGGUGCCAAGCCGAAUUUCUUCAGCCUCCUGAGGUUGAAGAGGCUCUGUUGUGCCUUCUUCACCACACUGUCUGCGUGGGUGGACCAUUUCAGUUUGUCGGUGAUGUGUACGCUAAGGAACUUGAAGCUUUCCACCUUCUCCACUGCGAUCCCGUCGAUGUGGAUAGGGGUGUGCACCCUCUGCUGUUUCCUGAAGUCCACGAUCAUCUCCUUUGUUUUGUUGACGUUGAGUGAGAGGUUAUUUUCCUGGCACCACACUCCCAGAGCCCUCACCUCCUCCCUGUAGGCGGUCUUGUCAUUGUUGGUAAUCAAGCCUACUACUGUUGUGUCGUCUGCAAACUUGAUGAUUGAGUUGGAGGCAUGCUUGGCCAUGCAGUCAUGGGUGAACAGGGAGUACAGGAGGGGGCUGAGCACGCACCCUUGUGGGGCUCCAGUGUUGAGGAUCAGCGAAGUGGAGAUGUUGUUUCCUACCUUCACCACCUGGGGGCGGCCCAUCAGGAAGUCCAGGACCCAGUUGCACAGGGCGGGGUUCAGACCCAGGGCCUCGAGCUUAAUGAUGAGCUUGGAGGGUACUAUGGUGUUGAAUGCUGAGCUAUAGUCAAUGAACAGCAUUCUUACAUAGGUAUUCCUCUUGUCUAGAUGGGAUAAGGCAGUGUGAUGGCGAUUGCAUCGUCUGUGGAUCUAUUGGGGCGGUAAGCAAAUUGAAGUGGGUCUAGGGUGACAGGUAAGGUAGAGGUGAUAUGAUCCUUGACUAGUCUCUCAAAGCACUUCAUGAUGACAGAGGUGAGUGCUACGGGGCGAUAGUAGAUUACUACUAAUCCCUGGUGUCCAUGUUAUUAUGUUUGACCAAAUGGUUUGUGUUGUUCCCUGUAUUGUGUUACGUUACUGUAGCAGGUCAGCCUUGUGUUGUGAUUCUUCUAUAUUUUGAGUUGUCUCUGUGAAGCUCUGUUCAAGUCCAUCUCCAUCCUGUCCAUGUGUUAGCCUCUGAUCCAGGCUCUCUCUGGCCUCUGUAUGUAUGGAGCAUCUCAGAGUACGACUGCUGAUCUAGGAUCAGGUCUUCCCUGUCCAUGUGACCUUAUUCGUUGUGAUCUAAAAGUCUCUAAACUGAUCAGAAAUCAGCACUCCUACUCUGAGAUGGAUCGAUCCCACCUGGUCAAUGUGUUCUAUUGUCUAACUCUCACACACACACACUCACACUCACACACACACACACACACACACACACACACACACACACACACACACACACACACACACACACACACACACCUGGGCAAUGUGUUCUAUUGUCUAACUCUCACACACUCACACUCACACUCACACACACACACACACACACACACACACACACACACACACACACACACACACACACACACACACACACCUGGGCAAUGUGUUCUAUUGUCUAACUCUCACACACACACACUCACACUCACACACACACACACACACGCACACACACACACACACACACACACACACACACACACACACACCUGGGCAAUGUGUUCUAUUGUCUAACCGUAACCUCUCUCUACUAUGACUUGAGCCUCUUCUUACGUGGUCAUUGUGUUCUCUCUGACACCAAAGUUUCUUAAAUCUUUGCAGACGCUAUCAGAAACUACAGAAGAUAAUGAAGCCAUGGUAAGCCCUCCCUUCCCCUCCCCAGUCAGAUAACUACCCUGGCUGGCUUUGGACUCUUCCUUUUAAUCUACCCGGCAACUGAGUCUGCAUGGUUAAAACUCAAGCCCUGGUGUUUCUAUUAAACUAAUGGGAAACAACAUGGCUGCUGUCGCCAUCUCUGGCUUUCAUUUUCAAAUCAAACUUGUGUCUUUUUGUUUAUCUCUGCCUACGUCCCAAAUGGCACCCUAUUCCCUAUAUACUGCACUACUUUUAGGGAAUAGGGUGCCAUUUGGGGCGCAUCCUCUGUGUUCCAUGUAACCGAAACACCAUUCUUCUCUUAUUGUGCAAUUUGAGGUUCAAAGGGAACUAAAGCCACAGUCUCUUGUUUCAUGUGGGAUGUUGUUUUGAAGAGCACCAUGACAACGAUCCAUAAAGACACCCACAGUCCAAAUUCAGAGAUUUUUCUUCUAGGAUUCUUGGUACACCUCCUAAACGUAUAACAAUGGUGUUCAGGGGUGUAUUCACUAGUAACCAAACAGAAACUAAACGGGCUGAAACAGGGAGGGACCUACCUGAACUUGUCCGAUUAGAGAAACGUUUUGCACUAAUUAAUACACCCCAGGUGUUGGGAACUUUAACGUUGGAUGGUGGUGGGUUGUCAUGGAUGUCUCAUGGCAGUCCUUUACACUCCAUUAAUAUUCUGCAGUUCACUGUCCUCAACGCCAUACAUACUCACCCUGUAGAGACAUCAUUCUGUAAGGCAACACUCUUAAGUCAUUCUUGCAUCUUUUUAAAUGGGUCAACUUUUUUAAGAGUAUAUUGGAGUAUAACCAUUUUAGUUGAAUCAUGAACUUAUAUUAACAUGAUAAUUUCACACAUCACGUAACUGCCCACUGUCAUAUGAAAACUCUUACUCACCCUAGUCUAACCGUGGGCUGGGUACUACUAAUGAAUUAUUACGAAUGGAUGUGUCUGAGAUGUGAGCCAUGAUGUUGUCUGUUCUGUUAUUAACCCAAUGUGUUAAUUAGUUGUUGCCAAGCCUGUGAGGGGCCUGUUCCUGCCAGUGUCUUAUAAACCAAAUCUUUGUUAGAAUGUAUUAACAUAUUUCUGUAAAUUUUUUAUGCCGAAGUAAUUUUUUAAAAAUUGUAUGUGUUGAUUUACAUGUGUUUGUACAUAUGAAGUUACAUAUAACGUGUUUAGUUUUCUUUGAACAUUGAAUUGAUUACUUUCAAGUCAUGCAUUGGAGACUAUUGGCCAAUAAAAUCGGUUUUAUUUUACAAUAUUUCCCACAUCAUAUCAAGAGGUGUAGGUCACUGAGUUAUAUUUCAGGUUUAUGACAUGACUGUAAUCACAGUUACGUAAUUCAGAAAAUGUCAAAAAGCAUUUAUUUGACCUAAUCUUCUUCCUGUCAUUGUAUAUUUCUGUGAGAUUUAUGUAGGCUAUUCAUAUUCCUGUGAACUGGAGUGAUUGAACAUAACAGAUUGAAACACGUUGCAUUCAGAUCAUUGUAUAAUUAUCUUCCAGGAAAUAGCCUCGCUCGGCCCUACUGUCACUACUAACAUCAAUGUAACUGCAUGGGAAUUAUUAAUGAAUGAGUGCUCCGUGGCUCUGCUACCCUGCGCUUUCUGGCUCUUGCUGGCUGUCUGGCGCCCCCUGUUGUUCCUGAAGGACUGAGUCAUCUGUCUGCCCCAUCAGGUGCCGCAGUCCACCUCCUCACCUUUCUGUGCACUCAGCAUACCUGGCUGUGGCUUCUCUCUCCUUUCCUCUCCCCCCCCCCCCUCCUCCCUCCCUCCCUGAGACCAAGGCUUUUAGCUGCUUUGCGGCUGUCGCUGUACGUGUGUGUUGGAGCCAGUGGCAGAGAUGUUUCUAUUGGCUGUUGUUGUUGUGUUCCAGUUUCGGCGACUUAUUGUCAUUCACGCUGACUGCGUUCGUGGAGCUCAUGGACCACGGCAUCGUCUCCUGGGAUACCUUCUCUGUUGCCUUCAUCAAGAAGGUGCCCGUCCCCUCACAAACUGUUUAUAACAUUGUAAACUGGUUUAACUGUUUUUUUUAACACGUCCGUGAAAACUGUCCUUGAGACAUCUAACAGAUGGUUUAGACAUUGCGGCUACAAGGAGGAUUUUGUAUUGUGUUUGUAAACGUUCUAUAAAUAUUUAAGAGGUAGAGCUCCUAUAACCUCUGCAUAAUAAUAGCUAUGGUUUUAUUCAGGCGGUCUAUGUCUUGAAUUCAGUUAAACCACCUCUAUCUGUUGCAGAUUGCAGGUUACGUGAGCAAGUCGGCCAUGGACAUGGCUGUGCUGCAGCGGUCCCUGGCCAUCCUGGAGUCCAUGGUGCUCAACAGUCAGGACCUCUACCAGAAGGUGGCGCAAGAGAUCACCAUCGGACAGCUUAUACCCCAUCUGCAGGGGUGAGAGAGAGCCGCACGGUCAUUAUGUUAUAUACCAGAGAUAUACGUUGUCCCUAACCGCAGAUCUAAGAUCAGAUUACCGCAAAACGCUCCUUAACCUAUAGCAAGAUUUUACUUAAUAGAUUUGGGGCCUUAUCAAGUGUCUCAGAGUAGGAGUGCUGAACUAGUAUCAGGUCCCCACCUGUCCAUAUAACCUUUUUCCUUAUGAUCUAAAAGACAAAACUGAUCCUAGAUCAGCACUCCUACUCUUAGACACUUGAUACAGAUGGCCCCUGGCCCUAGACCAGUAGUGGGGUAACUGUUUCAUCUAUGUUAUAUCUCUAUUGAUUUAAUGAAUGUAAACUCUCCAGUGUCCAUGAUUGGGAAGUACUCUUAACAGAAAGACCAGGGAAGUAACCCAUUUGAGAAACAUGGCAGAAAACUACAGUGGAUGCGUCCCAAAUGGCCCCCUAUUCCCAAUAUAGUGGACUGCUUUUGACCAUGGCCCAUAGAACUCUGGUCAAAAGUAGUGUACUAUGUAGGGAAUAGGGUGCCAUUUGGGAAGCAUCCAACAGUGUACCUGUAGUGUGUGAUCGGUCAUGUCCAGUGUGAUUAGUACUGACAUGGCUGAACAGCAUGGUUCUGUGUUGUUAUCCAUCUAAUGACAGGACUGAUCAGGACAUUCAGACAUAUACCAUCGCUGUGAUUAACGCCUUGUUCCUCAAGGCCCCGGAAGACAAGCGACAGGUAGGUUACACACACUCAUAUAUACACUACCAGUCAAAAGUUUGGACACACCUACUCAUUUUUUUUCUUUUUUUUUACUACUUUCUACAUUGUAGAAUAAUAGUGAAGACAUCAGAACUAUGAAAUAACACAUAUGGAAUCAUGUAGUAACCAAAAAAGUGUUAAACAAAUGAAGAAUAUAUAUACACACACACACACACACACACACACACACAGUCAUGCACACAUACAGUUGAAGUCGGAAGUUUACAUACACCUUAGCCAAAUACAUUUAAACUCAGUUUUUCACAAUUCCUGACAUUUAAUCCUAGUAAAAAUCACCUGUUUUAGGUCAGUUAGGAUCACCACUUUAUUUUAAGAAUGUGAAAUGUCAGAAUAAUAGUAGAGAGAAUGAUUUAUUUCAGCUUUUAGUUCUUUCAUCACAUUCCCAGUGGGUCAGAAGUUUACAUACACUCAAUUAGUAUUUGGUAGCAUUGCCUUUAAAUUGUUUAACUUGGGUCAAACGUUUCGGAUAGCCUUCCACAAGCUUCCCACAAUAAGUUGGGUGAAUUUUGGCCCAUUCCUCCUGACAGAGCUGGUGUAACUGAGUCAGGUUUGUAGGCCUCCUUGCUUGCACACACUUUUUCAGUUCUUCCCACAAAUGUUCUAUAGGAUUGAGGUCAGAGCUUUGUGAUGGCCACUCCAAUACCUUUAUUUUGUUGUCCUUAAGCCAUUUUGCCACAACUUUGUAAGUAUGCUUGGGGUCAUUGUCCAUUUGGAAGACCCAUUUGCGACCAAGCUUUAACUUCCUGACUGAUGUCUUGAGAUGUUGCUUCAAUAUAUCCACAUAAUUGUCCUUCCUCAUGAUGCCAUCUAUUUUGUGAAGUGCAUCAGUCCCUCCUGCAGCAAAGCAUCCCCACAGCUUGAUGCUGCCACCCCCGUGCUUCAUGGUUGGGAUGGUGUUCUUCGGCUUGCAAGCGUUCCCCUUUUUCCUCCAAACAUAACGAUGGUCAUUAUGGCCAAACAGUUCUAUUUUGGUUUCAUUAGACCAGAGGACAUUUCUCCAAAAAGUACGAUCUUUGUCCCCAUGUGCAGUUGCAAACCGUAGUCUGUCUUUUUUAUGGCGGUUUUGGAGCAGUGGCUUCUUCCUUGCUGAGCGGCCUUUCAGGUUAUGUCGAUAAAGGACUCGUUUUACUGUGGAUAUAGAUACUUUUGUACCUGUUUCCUCCAGCAUCUUCACAAGGUCCUUUGCUGUUGUUCUGGGAUUGAUUUGCACUUUUCGCACCAAAGUACGUUCAUCUCUAGGAGACAGAACGCGUAUCCUUCCUGAGCGGUAUGACGGCUGCGUGGUCCCAUGUUGUUUAUACUUGUGUACUAUUGUUUGUACAGAUGAACGUGGUACCUUCAGGCGUUUGGAAAUUGCUCCCAAGAAUCACCCAGACUUGUGGAGGUCUACAAUUUGUUUUCUGAGGUCUUGGCUGAUUUCUUUUGAUUUUCCCAUGAUGUCAAGCAAAGAGGCACUGGGUUUGAAGGUAGGCCUUGAAAUACAUCCACAGGUACACUUCCAAUUGACUCAAAUUAUGUCAAUUAGCCUAUCAGAAGCUUCUAAAGCCAUGACAUCAUUUUCUGGAAUUUUCCAAGCUGUUUAAAGGCACAGUCAACUUAGUGUAUGUAAACUUCUGACCCACUGGAAUUGUGAUACAGUGAAUUAUAAGUGAAUAAUCUGUCUGUAAACAAUUGUUGGAAAAAUUACUUGUGUCAUGCACAAAGUAGAUGUCCUAACCGACUUGCCAAAACUAUAGUUUGUUAACAAGAAAUGUGUUGAAAAACAAGUUUUAAUGACUCCAACCUAAGUGUAUGUAAACUUCCGACUUAAACUGUACACAUGCACACACACACGUUUGGCACUUAUUGUGGGGAACACAUUGUUUACUGUGUGGUUGUGGGUGGCAGGACAGAUGAAUUGUGGAUCUUGAGGAGGACUGAUUCAGAUGCAUCAGAGAGAGGGUUCAGUCCAAUCUCCCUACUGCUGACUGGUACAACAAGUAUAAAAUACACAGUAGUCAGACAAGGGUGUGUGUGUGUGUGUGUGUGUGUGUGUGUGUGUGUGUGUGUGUGUGUGUGUGUGUGUGUGUGUGUGUGUGUGUGUGUGUGUGUGUGUGUGUGUGUGUGUGUGUGUGUGGUGUGUGUGUGUGUGUGUGUGUGUGUGUGUGUGUGUGUGUGUGUGUGUGUGUGUGUGUGUGUGUGUGUGUGUGUGGUGUGUGUGUGUGUGUGUGUGUGUGUGUGUGUGUGUGUGUGGUGUGUGUGUGUGUGUGUGUGUGUGUGUGUGUGUGUGUGUGUGUGUGUGUGUGUGUGUGUGUGUGUGUGUGUGUGUGUGUGUGUGUGUGUGUGUGUGUGUGUGUGUGUGUGGGUGUGUGUGUGUGUGUGUGUGUGUGUGUGUGUGUGUGUGUGUGUGUGUGUGUGUGUGUGUGUGGUGUGUGUGUGUGUGUGUGUGUGUGUGUGUGUGUGGUGUGUGUGUGUGUGUGUGUGUGUGUGUGUGUGUGUGUGGGUGUGUGUGUGUGUGUGUGUGUGUGUGUGUGUGUGUGUGUGUGUGUGUGUGUGUGUGUGUGUGUGUGUGUGUGUGUGUGUGUGUGUGUGUGUGUGUGUGUGUGUGUGUGUGUGUGUGUGUGUGUGUGUGUUGUGUGUGUGUGUGUGUGUGUGUGUUUUGUGUGUGUUUGUUUUGGUUUUGGUUGUUUUAGGUUGGUUUGUGUUUGUUUUUUUUUGUUUUUUGUUUUUUUUUUUUUUUUUGUUUUUUUUUUUUUUUUUGUUUUUUUGUGUUUUUUUUUUUUUUUGGUUUUUUUUUUUUUUUUAAGGUUUUUGGGGUUGUUUUUUUUGUUUUUUUUUUUUUUUUUUUUGUUUUGUUUUUUUUUUUUUUUUGUUUUUUUUGGGUUUUUUUUUUUUUUUUUUUUGUUUUUUUUUUUUUUUUUUUUUUUUUUUUUUUUUUUUUUUUUUUUUUUUUUUUUUUUUUUUUUUUUUUUUUUUUUUUUUUUUUUUUUUUUUUUUUGUUUUUUUUUUUUUUGUGGUUUUUUUUGUUUUUUUGGGUUGUGUGGUUGUGUUUCUCUUUUUCCCCUUCUUGGGGGUGUGUCCCCUGGGGCUUUUUGUUGUCCCCGCCCCUGUUUUUAGGGGUUAGGUUUGGGUUGGUUGGUUUUUUUCGGUUGGGGUUUGGGAAAAUAUAAUUUUCAAUGGGACUGAAUUGUGUGUCCUCACAAGGUUAGUUGUACAAGACUGUGUGUGUAUGUACAUUAUAGUCUUGUGUUUGUUUGCAUGUUUUUGUGGUGUACGUAUCCUUGUGUACCCCUGUCGUACUUGCCUUAAACGGUGCAGUAAUAAGUCUCUGUAUGGGGCUUUCACUGUCCCCCUCUACUUCUCUGCUGAGUAUAGAUUGAUAACACUGCCUAGCCAAGCAGAACCCCUGUCCUCUCUAGCUGGGUCCCAAAUGGCACCCUAUUCCUUAUGUAGUGCACUACUUUUGACCAAAUCCCUAUGGGCCCUUGUAAAAAGUAGUGCCCUAUGAAGGGACUAGGAUGACAUUUGGGACACACACACUCUCAUCUCUCUCAGCUCCGAUGACGUCACACACCGUUCUGCUCUGUGGGCUAGCCUAUUACACACUGGGCUCUAAGCCAAUCAGACGAAGCCUAGCUGUUAUCAAAAAUGGGUCCACCCAAUAGAGUGGAACAGUGUUAACGAUUCCCGAUACGCACUCAUCUCCCUUCCUUUUCAGCACAUUAGGUGGAAGAUAAAAAAUUAUCCAUGCUCACUUUAGUUUUUAACAUUUAUCAUUUAAUAUGAUUUAACAAAAAAGUGUUGACGUGUAUUGAGCGAUGGUGCACCAUUGUUGCAGCUACCCCUUGACUUUUCCCACAUUUUGUUACGUUACAGCCUUAUUCUAAAAUGGAUUAAAUAAAUGUUUUUCCUCAUCAAUCUACACACAAUACCCCAUAAUGACAAAGUGAAAAAAAACUGAAAUACCUUAUUUACUUAAGUAUUCAGACCCUUUGCUAUGAGACUCGAAAAUGAGCUCAUUGAUCAUCCUUGAUGUUUCUACAACUUGAUUGGAGUCCACCUGUGGUAAAUUCAAUUGAUUGGACAUGAUAUGGAAAGGCACACACCUGUCUAUAUAAGGUCCCACAGUUCACAGUGCAUGUCAGAGCAAAAACCAAGCCAUGAGGUCGAAGGAAUUGUCCGUAGAGCUCCGAGACAGGAUUGAGUUGAGGCUCAGAUCUGGGAAGGGUACUAGAAAAUGUCUGCAGCGUUGAAGGUCCCCAAGAACACAAGUGACCUCCAUCAUUCUUAAAUGGAAGAAGUUUGGAACCACCAAGACUCUUCGUAGAGCUGGCCGCCCGGCCAAACUGAGCAAUCGGGGGAGAAGGGUCUUGGUCAGGGAGGUGACCAAGAACCCGAUGGUCACUCUGACAGAGCUCCAGAGUUCCUCUGUGGAGAUAGGAGAACCUUCCAGAAGGACAACCAUCUCUGCAGCACUCUACCAAUCAGGCCUUUACAGACGGAAGCCACUCCUCAGUAAAAUACCAUGACAGCCCGCUUGGAGUUUGCCAAAAGGCACCUAAAGGACUCUCAGACCAUGAGAAACAAGAUUCUCUGGUCUGAUGAAACCAAGAUUGAACUCUUUGGCCUGAAUGCCAAGCGUCACGUCUGGAGGAAACUUGGCACCCUCCCUACGGUGAAGCAUGGUGGUGGAAUCUUCAUGCUGUGGGGAUAUUUUUCACCGGCAGGGACUGGGAGACUAGUCAGGAUUGAGGGAAAGAUGAACGGAGCAAAGUACAGAGAGAUCCUUGAUGAAAACCUGCUCCAGAGCGCUUAGGACCUCAGACUGGGGUGAAGGUUCACCUUCCAACAGGACAACGACCCUAAGCACACAGCCAAGACAACGCAGGAGUGGCUUCGGGACAACAUUUUACAUUUAAGUCAUUUAGCAGACGCUCUUAUCCAGAGCGACUUACAGGAGCAAUUAGGGUUAAGUGCCUUGCUCAAGGGCACAUCGACAGAUUUUUCACCUAGUCGGCUUGGGGAUUAGAACCAGCGACCUUUCGGUUACUGGCACAACGCUCUUAACCACUAAGCUACCUGAAUGCCCUUGAGUGGCCCAGCCAGAGCCCGGACUUGAACCCGAUCGAACAUCUCUGGAGAGACCUGAAAAUAACUGUGCAUCCAACCGGACAGAGCUUGAGAGGAACUGCAGAGAAGAAUUGGAGAAACUCCCCAAAAUACAGGUGUGCCAAGCUUGUAGCGUCAUACCCAAGAAGACUCGAGGCUGUAAUCGCUGUCAAAGGUGCUUCAACAUAGUACUGAGUUAAGGGUCUGAAUACUUAUGUAAAUGUGAUAUUUCUGUUUUGUGAAGAAAUGUGCCAACAUUUCUUAAAACCUAUUUUUGCUUUGUCAUUAUGGGGUGUGGCAUACAGCAGGUUAGCCACCAGGGGGAGACUCGUUGAUGCCUGGUGACAGAGGGGGGCGACAUCACGCGGCGAUGGCCCCCUCUGCUGGACGUGCCAGGUCUUGACGUGCUCCCCGGCCAGGACUAAUUGGGGCUGAUUGUGGUUGGUGAGUAAUCAAGGGGCUGAUUGCUCACCAGCUGGACGAGUCCCAUAAAGUUGCCAGAAGGGCAGCACACGGGAGUGGGGACUGGGGAAGAGAGGUUACUCCCGUAUAGUCGUGCUCAGUACCAGAGAUGAUGGAGGGAGCUGGGUUUUGUUCCCCACAGGAUACAGCAAGACCCCGGAGCCCAGAAGACGGUAUCCCGGAGAAGGUCUCCUUUUCGCUGUGUUUAUUAUUUAAAUAAACACUUUUGAAACCGAGCUAAUACAAUUCUGUCCGUGUCUGAUCUGUGUAAACGUCUUGACCAAACCCCCUGGUCUACCACAAGGGUAUUGUGUGUAGAUUGUUGAGGGGAAAAAAACAAUUUAAUCCAUUUCAGAAUAAGGCUCUAACAUAACAAAAUGUGGAAAAAGUCAAGGGGUCUGAAUACUUUACGAAUGCACUGUAUAGACUACUGAAGGAAGUGGUAGCACUCUAUAACUAUCAUGAAUAAGAAUGUAUAAGUGAUUCAUACACUAUUAAUAAAUACUAUUUCAUUAUUUGUUAACAUUUAGAAACAUGUAUCAGCAUGUACAAGAUGUGCAAACAUUUACAAUCAUUUAGAAUAAUUUAUAAACAUUUGUAAGAAUUUAUAAAGGGUUAUUCAGGAUUGUGAUCAUGAUGUGUUACUAAGGAAGUACGGUAGAUGGGAAGUGUAUUGCUGCAGGUGUUGACCACUCUAGCAGUAUACCUUUUACACCACGUGUCAAACCCAUUCCACGGAGGGCCGAGUGUCUGCGGGUUUUCACUCCUCCCUUGUACUUGAUUGAAGAAUUUAGGUCACUAAUUACUAAGGAACUCCCCUCACCUGCAUUUCUAGGUCUUAAUUUAAAGAAAAACCCAAAAUCACAGCCAUUCGGAAUGGAAUGAGUUUGACCCUGUUUUAGACUCACGACUACAUUACAUUUCUGUGUUGCGAGGUGUAUUGCUGCAUGUGUAGACCACUGUAGCAGAUACCUUUUAAGACUCACGACUACAGUACAUUACAUUUCUGUGUUGUAAGCUAAACAAGGUCAGCAUGUGCUAGAGCAUCAUUUCACUAGAAGGGCGAGACACUAAAAUAGAAGUUGGCCACAAGUUAAUGGGAACCAAAAGGUUUUAAAUGAUCUCCAAGUCAAGUGUCUUAAUUUUGCUGACACAGUCUGCCUUGUUACAAGAGUUGCUGCCUGCACCACUAACUGAAAUAUACCUCCCUGCCAUUUCUUUUCUCACUCUCUUCCUCUCUUUUCUGUCUUGAAUCACCCCCUUCUUUUCUGCCUCUGACUCUUCUUUCCUCACUGCACUCGUAAUGGUAGUAUGAUGAGAGCAGUGUGAACAUCCUUGAUUGUCCUCUGACAGUAAGUGUACUUUGAUUAGCGACCUUCUGUAGCCUCUCUAGCAGAUUAAAUGUGUCAUUAAAAUGUUCCGCCCUACCUCAUCUAGCUCAGACUCAGAGACACUUUAUAGUCUCUAGAAGUUUAUGGCGUCUCAGCGAAGAUCAUUGAUAUUUUGGGCACAUAAUCCACUUUUAUUUUGAUAUAGAGCUUCCUGAAAGAACAAUUUGUUUUCUGUGUAACGGGUAUGUAUAUCAUAAUGUAACUGUGUGCUCACUUUCUCCCCCCUCUCUCCCUCUCUCACGUUCUCUCUUCCUUUCUGUCAUUCUCUCGCUUAUUACUUAUCCUGUUCUCUAUCCUCUCUCCCUCUUUUUCUUUCUUGCUCUUCUUUUGUCUCUUUUCCUCUUUCUUUCUUUCUCCCAUUUAUUCCCUCCUCUCUCUGUCCCUGUCUGUCUGUAUAGGAGAUGGCCCACAUUCUAGCCCAGAAGCAGCUGCGUUCCAUCAUACUGAGUGUAAGUGUGUCCAGUAAUCACCUCCAUCUGUACCUCUCGCUCAGCCUUUCCCUCUCUCGCUCAGCCUUUCUCUCUCUAUCUCGCUCAGCCUUUCUCUCUCGCUCAGUCUUUCUCUCUCGCGCUCAGCCUUUCUCUCUCUCUCUCGCUCAGCCUUUCUCUCUUUCUCUCGCUCGCUCAGCCUUUUUCUCUCUCUCACUCAGCCUUUCUCUCGCUCAGCCUUUCACUCUCCUUCAGUCUUUCUCUCGCUCUCUCGCUCUCUCUCCUGCUCAGCCUCUCUCUCGCUCAGUCUUUCUCUAUCUCGCUCAGCCUUUCUCUCUCCUUCAGCCUUUCUCUCACAUCUCUCGCUCAGCCUUUCUCUCUCUCUCUCAGGCUUUCACUCUCUCUCUCGCUCUCUCUCUCUUAUUUAUUUCGUGUUUUUUUGUUACAUUCUUUGUAUUUUCUUUCCUCUAGAACGUGAUCCGGAGCCCUAAGCCAAUCAAUGAUGAGAUGGCCCACCAGCUGUACGUGCUGCAGGUCCUGACCUUUAACCUCUUAGAGGACCGGAUGAUGACCAAGAUGGACCCUCAGGACCAGGUACACUAAGGCCUCUCAACUCAAUGUCCCUCAAGCUGUUGGCCACAUAGGCCUUAUCAAAUAGUAAUUUCCAGUGAAAUAUCCACAAAUUAAUCUAUUUUUGGUUCCAAGCACCCUUUUAUAGGUUUUCCCAAGAGGAUAAGAGUUGAGCACGUUGUCUCUCUCUACCUGUGAAUUAUCAGUGAAAUGUGGAAGUACUAUGUAAGGAUAUAGUUACCUUGGAAUAAUGCCUAUGUAAUGAUUUGCCGAUUUGAUGUUUUUACUGUGUAUGUACACUGAGUAUAUCAAACAUUAGGAACACCUUCCUCAUAUUGAGAACAGUUUCAAUUAGUCAGGGCAUGGAGUCUACAAGGUGUCGAAAGCGUUCCACAGGGAUGCCGGGCCAUGUUGACUCCAAUGCUUCCCACAGUUGUGUCAAGUUGGCUCGAUGUGCUUUGGGUGCUGGACCAUUCUUGAUACACACAGGAAACUGUUGAGCGUGAAAAACACAGCAUUGUUGCAGUUCUUGACAUACCCCGUUCAUAGGUACUUUAAAUCUUUUGUCUUGCUCAUUCAUCCUCUGAAUGGCACACAUACACAAUCCAUGUCUCAAUUGUCUCAAGGCUUAACAAUCCUUCUUAAGCCUGUCUCCUCCCUGUCAUCUACACUGAUUGAAGUGGAUAUAACAAGUGACAUCAAUGAGGGAUCAUAGCUUUCACCUGGAUUCACCUGGUCAGUCUAUGUCAUGGAAAGAGAGUUCUUAAUGUUUUGUACACUCAGUGUAUGUCUAAAUGUUUUUGUCCUCAUAUAUAUGCCUAGGCCCAAAGAGACAUCAUCUUUGAGCUGCGCAGGAUUGCGUUUGACGUGGAGUGUGAGCCGAACAACAGUGGCAGCAUCGAGAAGAGGAAGUCCAUGUACACCCGCGACUACAAGAAGCUGGGCUUCAUUGUAAGUCACUCACACACACACAAACAACCGCGACUGGGCUUCAAGAAACUAGGUUUCCUUGUAAGUCACACACACAGGAACAGUGUUUAGCCUCUGCAUCCCCAAAACUUCAGCUGUUGGACUAACUAGAUUUCGUUUUGGUCUCGGUUAAUUGGUUUAGAAGAUUACACUAUGCUCUCUGUGUGUGUGUGUGUGUGUGUGUGUGUGUGUGUGUGUGUGUGUGUGUGUGUGUGUGUGUGUGUGUGUGUGUGUGUGUGUGUGUGUGUGUGAGUGUGUGAGUGUGUGAGAGAGAUUUCUACACCUAUUUUUCUCUUCCUAUCUCUCUACCUCCCCUCUCUCUGGGUGUGUCUGAGCUGUGGCGUAUCGCUGUCGUAUCCAUGGUGAGUGGGAACUAAGCCCAUCAUUUCCUCUCUAAGUCCCUGAGCUGUUAGGGGCUCUGCGGCUCGCUAAGACCCCAGUGUGCUGCCUUAAGAUAAGGCCUGACUUCAUUUUCUCCAGUGGUGCGGAAACCCCCGAAAAUACCCCUCCGACUUUACACGCUCGUACACACACACACUCGCGCACAUGCAAGCACGAACACAUGAAAGCAUGCGCACACACACACACACACACACACACACACACACACACACACACACACACACACAAACGAAACGAAGGGGAUUGUCUGGUAAAGUUGAUCUAGUGCUGUAUUUAGUGGGCAGUAGUUGGUAGUAGGUACAGUGAGGGGGAAAAAGUAUUUGAUCCCCUGCUGAUUUUGUACAUUUGCCCACUGACAAAGACAUGAUCAAUCUAUAAUUUUAAUGGUAGGUUUAUUUGAACAGUGAGAGGCAGAAUAACAACAAAAAAAUCCAGAAAAACGCAUGUCAAAAAUUUUAUAAAUUGAUUUGCAUUUUAAUGAGGGAAAUAAGUAUUUGACCCCUCUGCAAAACAUGACUUAGUACUUGGUGGCAAAACCCUUGUUGGCAAUCACAGAGGUCAGACAUUUCUUGUAGUUGGCCACCAGGUUUGCACACAUCUCAGGAGGGAUUUUGUCCCACUCCUGUUUGCAGAUCUUCUCCAAGUCAUUAAGGUUUCGAGGCUGACGUUUGGCAACUCAAACCUUCAGCUAUCUCCACAGAUUUUCUAUGGGAUUAAGGUCUGGAGACUGUCUAGGCCACUCCAGGACCUUAAUGUGCUUAUUCUUGAGCCACUCCUUUGUUGCCUUGGCUGUGUGUUUUGGGUCAUUGUCAUGCUGGAAUACCCAUUCACGACCCAUUUUCAAUGCCCUGGUUCUCACCCAAGAUUUGACGGUACAUGGCCACGUCCAUCGUCCCUUUGAUGCGGUGAAGUUGUCCUGUCCCCUUAGCAGAAAAACACCCCCAAAGCAAAAUGUUUCCACCUCCAUGUUUGAGGGUGGGGAUGGUGUUCUUGGGGUCAUAGGCAGCACUUUCACCCAGUUCUCCACUGAAUCAUUCAGAUGUUCAUUGGCAAACUUCAGACGGGCCUGUAUAUGUGCUUUCUUGAGCAGGGGGACCUUGCGGGCGCUGCAGGAUUUAAGUCCUUCACGGCGUAGUGUGUUACCAAUUGUUUUCUUGGUGACUAUGGUCCCAGUUGCCUUGAGAUCAUUGACAAGAUCCUCCCGUGUAGUUCUGGGCUGAUUCCUCACCGUUCUCAUGAUCAUUGCAACUCCACGAGGUGAGAUCUUGCAUGGAGCCCCAGGCCGAGGGAGAUUGACAGUUAUUUUGUGUUUCUUCCAUUUGCGAAUAAUCGCACCAACUGUUGUCACCUUCUCACCAAGCUGCUUGGCGAUGGUCUUGUAGCCCAUUCCAGCCUUGUGUAGGUCUACAAUCUUGUCCCUGACAUCUUUGGAGAGCUCUUUGGUCUUGGCCAUGGUGGAGAGUUUGAAAUCUGAUUGAUUGCUUUUGUGGACAGGUGUCUUUUAUACAGGUAACAAACUGAGAUUAGGAGCACUCCGUUUAAGAGUGUGCUCCUAAUCUCAGCUCGUUUCCUAUAUAAAAGACACCUGGGAGCCAGAAAUCUUUCUGAUUGAGAGGGGGUCAAAUACUUAUUUCCCUCAUUAAAAUGCAAAUCAAUUUAUAACAUUUUUGACAUGCGUUUUUCUGGAUUUUUUUUUUGUUAUUCUGUCUCUCACUGUUCAAAUAAACCUACCAUUAAAAUUAUAGACUGAUCAUUUCUUUGUCAGUGGGCAAACGUACAAAAGGGGAUCAAAUACUUUUUUCCCCUCACUGUAGACCUGGCCUGUGGAUCUUGAAGAGAAAUUGGUUUAGUUGGACUUUUGCUUCAAAUGUGGUGAAGGUAGUGUGAAAGGAUGUGGUUCUUCCAUUCUGUCUGUGAAGCUGAUGGCGGUCAGGAACAAUUACAGAGCUGGAUCUCUGCGACCCCUCCAUGUCUCUCUCCGUCUCUCUCCCUCCUUUCUCUCCCCUCUCAUUCUAUCUCCUCCAUUCACUCAGACGUGUUACAGUGCUAAUGGAGAUAGUCUACCAAUCAACCUUGUCUUAUUUAUUUUUCUGACUCAUCCUUGUCUUGUUCAAACAUGUUUGUCAGAUGACCACCGCCCACUUACCUCUCUCUCUCUCUCUCUCUCUCUCCUCUCUCUCCUCUCUCUCUCUCUCUCUCUCUCCUCUCUCUCUCUCCUCUCUCUCUCUCUCUCUCUCUCUUGCUCUCUCUCUCUCUUGCUCUCUCUUUAUCUCUUUCGGUCUCUCUCUCUCAUCAGAACCAUGUGAACCCUGCAAUGGACUUCACUCAGAUUCCUCCUGGGAUGCUGGCUCUGGAUAACAUGCUGUACUUCGCCAGACACCACCAGGAUGCCUACAUCAGGGUUAGUAGCACACACACACACACCCACACACUCACACUCACACACACACACACACACACACACACACACACACACACACUGCCUAAACUCUCUCUAUCACUCCAUGGCCCAUCCCUCACUCAAUAGAUUCCCUGGGCUCUGUCCAAGCAGUCUGUCUGAAACACCAUGCCAAUAUGUAGCCUUGGAAUUCAGUCAAACCAAUACUAUAGCAUAUGGCUACGUUUAACAAAUCUACACAUUCACAGGAGAGAAAGGAAUCCUGCCGAUGUUUUUUUUGUCAAUUUCCUAGUUUCAGUGACAAACACCAUACAUUUUAUACAAGGACGCAACUAAAUCAAAUCAAGUUUAUGUAUUAAUCCUGAAUUAAUUUAACUCAGCCUAAACUGUGGGCAGGUGCCAUUGGUUUGGUUAGUGGGCAUCCCAUGCCUAUGAGUGAGUGAUUGUGUGUGUGCCUGCCUGUGUGCGUGCAUGCGUCCUUGUAGAAGGGCAGUGGAUGACCUGUGAAAAUAAAUGUGGAAUUGAAAGGAUGGUGGCAUACUGUCCAUCUAAUAUUAAACCUACCACACACACACACACACACACACACACACACAGGCCAGCCCUUCCCUCUCCUCUGCCCGCUGCUGUGACAAAACACAGCCACCAAUUUCCCAAAUGAAACUGUCACCACGACGAUGAUAAGGAUGCUAAUGGUUUCCGGUGUAGGCUUGUCGCUGCGGCAACGUUAUACAUUUUUACAUGGGGAAUUGAUUUAUGAAUUAAACACGCCGUGUGCAAGUGGACCGUUUAAGGUUCAAACAAGGUUCAAAUGUAAAUAAUAGAGGCUUUCGCAAUGUUAAUGUUUAUGUUUAUGUAGAAGGAAAGAUGUCUUUUAAUCAAAGCAAUGUCGCAUUGAGAUUGGAAUGUCUUUGAGAUUUGACAUCGGCGGUAGAUAAGGUGCAGUAUAAUGACUGAUACUGUAAUAACCUCCAAUAGCUGCUGUCCUUAGUCUGACCUCUGGGUGGGGCUGGAGUGGAGCGGUUCGAGAGCUUCAAGUUCUUCGGUGUCCACAUCACUAAGGACCUAUCAUGGUCCAAAUACACCAACUAAGUCGUGAAGAGGGCACGACAAUGCCUCUUCCCCUCAGGAGGCUGAAAAGAUUUGUCAUGUCAGUUAAUGAAAUGGCUACCCGGACUAUUUACAUUGACCCCUUUUAAUGUAUUUAUUUUUCUUUGCACUGGCUCUAUGCACACUCACUGGACCCUACCCACACAUACACACAUACACACACACACACACACUACAUACACUCACAAAACAUACACACACAUGCAUAUUGACGCCACAAACACACACACUCACACAAACACACUUUCACACUCUUUCACACACAUCACAUACUCUGCUGCUACUCUGUUUAUUACCUAUCCUGAUUGCCUAGUCACUUUUACUCCUACCCACAUGUACAUAAUACCUCAACUACCUCAACUACCUCGUACCCCUGCACAUUGACUCGGUACCUGUACUCCUUGUAUAUAGCCUUGUUAUUGUUAUUUUAUUGUGUUGCUAUUUUUAUUUUUAUAUUUUUUUGCAAAUUGUUCUUACUUUUUAACUCUGCAUUGUUGGGAAAGGGCUCCUAAGUAAGCAUUUCACUGUUAGUCUACACCUGUUGUAUUCAGUGCAUGUGACAAAUAAAAUGUGAUUUGAUUUUGAUUGAAUUAAGAUGGUACCAUAGAGAUAGGAUAAUCCGGUUAGCUGUGUCCCAGUUCCUUGUCCUGUUGGUGACAUUCUGCUGCCUCUGGUUUCUAUGUCCCACUCCGACUCUCUCCAAGAGAAUCAUCUCUGUCAACUAUGACCUCAGUGUGGUCUCACUGGAUUAAUAGAUCAAGGGUCACAUGGUUCCAGUUCAUUAAAGGCCCUAGUUGGGAUGUGUCUGUCUGUUUCUGUCUGUCUGUCUGUCUGUCUUUAUGUCUGUCUUUAUGUCUGUGUCUCUAUCUCUGUCUGUCUCUGUCUGUGCCUGGGUAGCUGUUAAAUGCUUGACAAAAGUAUUUGCGAAAACGUUGAUGGAUCGAUGGUUUGAGUGACUUUCUGUCCUUGUUCCAGAUUGUUCUGGAGAACAGCAGUCGUGAGGACAAGCACGAGUGUCCGUUCGGCCGCAGCAGCAUCGAGCUGACCAAGAUGCUGUGUGAGACCCUCAAAGUGGGAGAGCUG